UUUCUCAUGCGUGCAAGCUAUUCCCAAAACCUUCAACCCCCCCACCACAUUUCUUUGGUCCUUAACGGUUUUAAUUCCCUGUAAGUCUCUUCAUUCCUUUUCAGCCUCAAUCUCAAUCUCUCCCCCUCUAGCUAAAUCUCUACCUCAUCAUCAACUUUAUUUUGGUAUAAUCACUUUCCCACCUGGCAACACAAACAAUCCCAUCAUAUUUAUACACAAUCUUGUCUGUUUCUAGGGUUUAUACUUCUGUUCAUCUUCAAAGCCUUCAAGUUCGACUCAUUUAUUUAUUAUUAUUAUUAUUUUUGAGUUGAUUUGUGAAGAAAUCGAAGUAUUAAUCUUUUCGAUUUCUGGGUAUAUUGAAAUUUAUGAUUUUUAGUGAAAUCCAGUGAUUUUCUAGGUUCUCUGUGGUAGUGAAAUCUGUGAAAAUAGUAUAAAUUCCUUACAAUCUCUGGUUUUCAUAGGUUUGUUGAUGUGGGUUUGAUCUAUUUCAUUUAUAUUUUCUAUCAAGUAGCUGGGAUUGCAUGUGAACAAGGUUUUGCAUUUACAAGGUUCCAAAUUGAAGUUUGAUCUUGUGUUUCUUUGUGGUUUGUGAAUUGGAUCUGAUUGAAAAGCGAUGGGUGGGCACAAUAGCAAGAAGAUCACUGAGACUUCAACAACAAUGAAUUUCAGCAAUAACAUUCAGUACACAACGGAGCUCAACUCCUACGAAGCCGCGUGCAGGGUCGACACAGACCUGCAGUCAUUCGACACAACCCUCCAAGCUCGAACGAAUAAUGUCAUCAACACACUUGCUGUUGGGGUUGAAGUCCGGGCACUUUCAUUUGAUUCUCUAAAAGAAGUCACGGGAUGCCUUUUGGAGAUGAACCAGGAGGUAGUGAAGGUGAUCCUAGAUUGCAAGAAAGACAUAUGGAAAAACCAAGAAUUGUUCGAGCUCGUUGAGGAGUACUUCGAGAACAGCUUGCAGACCCUAGAUUUCUGCACUGCGUUGGAGAAAUGUCUAAAGCGUGCUCGCGACAGCCAGUUGCUUAUUCUUGUCGCGCUACAGAACUUUGAGGAGGAGGAGGAGAGUGAAGGAGAUAGGUACAUGAAGACGCUGGAGGAGUUGAAGAAUUUUAAGGAUGCUGGUGAUCCUUUCACUGAAGAGUUCUACCAAAUCUUUCAGUCUGUUUAUAGGCAGCAAAUGUCGAUGCUUGAGAAAUUGCAGCUUAAAAAGAACAAGCUUGACAAGAAGCUCAAGUACAUUCAUGCUUGGAGGAAGGUGUCGAGUAUAAUCUUCGUGGCUACGUUUGCAACUGUGUUGAUUUGCUCGGUUGUGGCAGCAGCCAUGGCCGCUCCACCUGUUGCAGCUGCGCUUGCUGCUGCAACUUCGAUCCCAUUGGGCACAAUGGGGAAGUGGAUUGACUCUCUGAUGAAGAACUAUGAGAAAGCUGUGAAAGGACAGAAGGAGAUCAUUAGCUCUAUGCAAGUGGGGACUUAUAUUGCUAUCAAGGACUUGGACAACAUCAGAGUACUCACCAACCGGUUGGAGAUUGAUAUUGAAUCGCUCUUGCACAACGCUGAUUUCGCGAUUACUGAAGAGGCUGUGAAGAUUGGGAUAGAGGAGAUAAAGAAGAAGCUGGGAGUGUUCAUGAAGAAUGUUGAGGAUUUGGGUGUGCAAGCUGAUAUGUGCAGCCGGGAUAUUCGUAGGGCGAGGACUGUGGUUCUGCAGAGGAUCAUAAAACCCCCUCAGAAUUAGAAGACGAUCCUUGGUAUUCCCAAUCAAAUACUGUUCUUAUGCAGGAAAAUUAAUGUUGUUGUCAAGAAUAAUGAGAGACUGGGCAUUUAAAUUCUUGGCCUUCUAGUAGUGCCUAGGCAUGGAAAGUUCUAGUUUCUAGUAUAUCCUUCAUAUUUUUUAAUACAAUCAAUCAUUCUUUAUGGAA